GAGUUGGUCCCGCCUACUCCGUUUACCGGGUUUUGCUAAGGGCUUUUACUCUGGUGCUUCUCAAAGGCCACCUACCCCGGCCACGAAGACAGUGCCGCAAGACUGUGACGAUCACUUGGAGGAACACAUCCACGGACGCGGAGGCCUGAGAAUUAUGUUUCCUAGAAUCCGGGGCGGGUUUCCACAGCCCCAAGGGAGCGUCAGGGCGGAGCUCCGGAAGACACGUUGCGUCACAUCCUAAGCUCCACCCCCAGCUCCGUCUUCUAAUCGUGUUCUUCCGGCCCGGCCUUCCUCUUCGCCUUUCCUCCUCCAUCGUGAGCUUUACGCCUAACUGGGCUUCUUGUCAUGUCUUCUCACAAGACUUUCCGAAUCAAGCGAUUCCUGGCCAAGAAACAAAAGCAGAAUCGUCCUAUUCCUCAAUGGAUUCGGAUGAAAACUGGUAACAAAAUCAGGUACAACUCCAAGAGAAGACACUGGAGGAGAACAAAGCUGGGUCUGUAAGGAUUCGCACAAUGGCAAGACUAAAGGUUUAUACAGAGUUACGAUCAUCAUCAACUGGGUCCUGUGAUUAUCAGUCAAUCCUACCAGAUGGAAUUUUGGUUUUGUCUAAACUGGGGAUGGAGUUUGUCUCAUAAUAAAAUGUAGAAUGUGUCAAACCGCU